AUGUCUUUUGCUAAUUAUGACCUUGAGUCCCAAACUCUGCUGAAGCUGAAGCGAAACCCUCUACCUUCUGCUAAACAGUCAGAGUCACAAAAUGAGCUAGAUGAAAUAAUAAACAAGACAUCAAAGCAACUUCUGGUAUUCGCAAAUUUGAUUAGUCAGUUUAACUCAAGACGAAAGCAAAUUGGUACAAGAAGAGACUCAUCUCAAUUGAGAGAUGACCUUGAUGAAAUUACACAUAAGAUUGGAGAUUUAGGUGCGGCAAUUAAUACUUUAAUACAAAACGUGUCGCUGUUGAUCAACAAAAAGCAGCUAAAUGAUCAAAAAAAUCAUUUGAAGAUAACUGAGAAGCAAAUAGUCAUAAAAGAAAGAGUCACUAAUGAGUAUAAUGAAUUGAAUAAACAGUUCCAAAGGCUGAGAAGAGCCUACGAGGAGAAAAAACAGAACCAUUUACUAAACGAGGCCAAAUCACAAGACGCUUAUAAUGAAAGAACUCCAUUAGUCGGACAUGAACCUCUGCAAGAACAGAACCAGGUGCAAGUUGAGGAGCAAGUGGAGGAUCAGAUCGAAGAUACAGAUCUUCAAUACCAUAUUGCCUUAACUCAAGAAAGAAAUCGAGAAAUUGAUCAAGUCACCGAAGGAAUACAAGAGGUAAAUGCAAUCUUUAAAGAUCUAGGAGAGCUUGUGAAUAGACAGGGUGAGCAAUUAGAUACAAUCGAAGACAAUAUUCUACAAUUACACGGAAAUACUCAACAAGCAGACCAGAAAUUAAUUAAGGCACAUGAGUAUCAAAAGAAAAAAGGAAAAUGGACUUGUAUCCUCUUAACCGCCUUAUGUAUAUUCGUAUUGGUAGUAGUUUUGGCAAUACUUAGCUAA